AAACGCUUUUAUACGAUUUACGUACGCAAACGUAAAUAAUCGCCUGUAAAUCUUUUCCAGACUUCAAAUUGGCAACGUAAUUCGUGUACGUGAGAUAAUCUCUGGCAGUUAUGGCCGACGUGAAAGGAACUGAUGCAUUUGCUGGCUUGAAGCAAGAACUUCAAGUUGGAGAAGAAAAAUACCAGUACUUUAAUCCUACAGCUCUCAAUGAUCAAAGAUAUGAUCGCUUGCCAUAUUCCAUACGAGUGCUCCUUGAGUCAGCCAUCAGGAACUGUGAUGGAUUCUUUGUCAAGGAGUCAGACGUGGAGAACAUUCUCAACUGGGAACAAAACCAGAACAACUCAGUGGAGGUCCCCUUUAAACCUGCCAGGGUUAUCAUGCAAGAUUUCACGGGUGUACCAGCAGUGGUAGACUUUGCAGCCAUGAGGGAUGCUGUAAAGAGACUAGGAGGCAAUCCAGAGAAGAUCAAUCCUGUCUGUCCUGCAGACCUUGUCAUUGACCACUCUGUUCAAGUAGAUGUCACCAGAAGCUUCCGUCCAAGGAUAACGCGCAAUGCGCCAAAUCCUGGAGGGGGCGACGCAGCAGCUCGGUCCUCCUGCGGCGGGGUCGCCGAUAGCUGCGUAGCAUGCAUAGGACAGGGCUACCGGUUACCUAUUCUAGAUGAAAUCUGCCCGUACCAUCACUUGCCCUCAGAUUGUGUUGAUGCAUUAAAGAAGAACCAGGAUAUUGAAUUCAAGCGCAACAGAGAAAGAUUUGUCUUCCUGAAGUGGGGAUCUAAAGCCUUGAAGAACAUGUUGAUAGUGCCUCCAGGAUCAGGCAUUGUUCAUCAGAUCAACCUUGAAUACUUAGCCAGAGUUGUCUUCAACACAGAUGGUGUCUUGUAUCCUGACAGUCUUGUUGGUACAGACUCACAUACCACCAUGAUCAAUGGACUUGGUAUCGUAGGAUGGGGUGUGGGAGGUAUCGAGGCCGAGGCAGUCAUGUUAGGUCAAGCUAUCAGUAUGGUGCUACCUAAAGUAGUCGGUUACAAGCUGACCGGAUCAAUGGACGCUCUAGCCACCUCCACAGAUGUGGUUCUAACCAUCACAAAGCACCUAAGGCAGGUGGGAGUGGUAGGAAAGUUUGUAGAGUUCUUUGGUCCAGGCGUAGCCCAGCUUUCCAUUGCAGACAGGGCUACCAUUGCCAACAUGUGCCCAGAGUAUGGAGCCACUGUAGGAUUCUUUCCUGUAGAUGAUGCAAGCAUUGUUUAUCUAAAACAAACAAGUCGUGAUGACCAGAAGAUCAAGUGCAUUGAGGCGUAUCUGAGAGCAGUCAAGAUGUUUAGGAACUUCAAUGAUGCCAAUGAAGACCCUGUCUUCUCACAGGUAGUAGAACUUGACCUUGGAACGGUGAGGUCAUGCUUGAGUGGGCCGAAGCGUCCUCAUGACAAGGUGUUGGUGAGCGACAUGAAGAUGGACUUCAAACAGUGUCUGAAUAACAAGGUUGGCUUCAAAGGCUUUGAUAUUCCUGCUGACAAGCAAGCAACCUCCAUACCCUUUCUCUUUGAGAACCAGGAGUAUACACUCAACCAUGGUUCAGUGGUGAUUGCAGCUAUCACAAGCUGUACUAAUACAAGCAAUCCAUCAGUCAUGCUGGGAGCAGGUCUUCUUGCUAAGAAAGCUGUAGAAGCUGGUUUAACAGUGAAGCCGUACAUCAAGACCAGUCUAAGCCCAGGAAGUGGGGUCGUGACAUACUACCUUAGGGAGAGUGGUGUCACUCCAUACCUGGAGAAACUUGGGUUUUUCGUUGUUGGUUUUGGUUGUAUGACAUGUAUUGGAAAUUCUGGACCACUUCCUGAAGAAGUUGGCUCAACCAUUGAAAAGGGAGAUCUGGUAACAUGCGGUGUGUUGUCUGGGAAUCGUAACUUUGAGGGGCGUAUCCACCCCUUGACCAGGGCUAACUACCUAGCUUCCCCACCACUGGUCAUCGCAUAUGCCCUGGCUGGAACUGUGUGUAUUGACUUUGAGACAGAGCCACUAGGCCAAAAUGCAGAUGGGCAGGACAUCUUCCUGAGAGACAUCUGGCCAAGCAGGGCUGAGCUUCAGGAGGUAGAGAAGAAGAAUGUCAUUCCAUCCAUGUUUGAAGAUGUCUACGGCAAGAUUGAGCAAGGGAAUGCCAGUUGGAAUGAAUUGAAGACCUCUGAUGAUAUGUUGUACCCAUGGGACUCUGAAUCAACCUAUAUCAAAUCUCCUCCAUUCUUUGAAACUAUGACCAAAGACCUUCCACCAGUCAAGACCAUCAAAGAUGCUCAAGUCCUCCUCUUCCUUGGUGACUCGGUAACCACUGACCACAUAUCACCAGCAGGUAGCAUUGCACGGAACAGCCCUGCAGCACGCUAUCUAGCAGGCCUUGGACUCACCCCUCGCGAUUUCAACUCGUAUGGCAGUCGCCGUGGCAACGAUGCUGUCAUGGCCAGAGGGACCUUUGCAAAUAUCCGUCUGCUCAACAAAUUCAUUGGCAAGGCAGGACCCAAGACUGUUCACAUUCCAUCGGGCAAGACAAUGGAUAUCUUUGAUGCAGCUGAUCUGUAUCGAAAGGAAGGCUGCCCUCUAGUGGUAGUGGCUGGCAGGGACUAUGGCGCGGGAUCAUCCAGGGACUGGGCUGCUAAGGGACCAUGGAUGCAAGGUAUCCAAGCUGUGAUAGCGGAGACCUAUGAGAGGAUACAUCGAAGCAACCUGGUUGGUAUGGGGAUCGUACCUCUUCAGUUUUUGGACGGUCAGAAUGCAGGGACUCUAGGUCUGACUGGUAAAGAGAAGUACACCAUCAGUCUGCCUGAUAACUUGACACCAAGACAGCAGAUCACUGUGCAGUUGGAUGAUGGAAAGUCAUUUGAUGUCUGCGUCCGCUUCGACACUGAUGUUGAGCUUACCUUCUACCAGCAUGGAGGCAUUCUCAACUACAUGGUGCGUAGGAUGCUGGACGAAUAAAACCAUUCAACCAAUCAAGAAGGUCACAAUUAUGAUGUCUUUCUGUGCAAGCAUUAUGAACAUAGUCACUCAACACAUGUGGCCAUAAUUUUUGUAUACAUAAUUUGUUGUACGGUUAUGUAUAUCUUGUAUAAUGUAAUGAACAUCCCGUUUGAAUGAAGUAUUCAUGAUUCAUAAUUCCCUUGGUAUACUCCCUACCAUCUCCAGUAUCCAGAUGUUGUUUCAUGUUUGCAUAAGACUGAUUAAUACAAAAGAUUAAUUGGUAAGAAUUUGAUGAUGUUUUUUUAAUGAAACAAGUUUCAUUUUUUUUAAAGAAUCCAAUAUUAAGAAGAGAGAAGGAGAAAAAACUUUUUAAAAACAAUUUGUAAUUUAGAAGUGUAUAUCAAAUUUCGAGCCCGAUUUUCUAGCCUAGGACAUUUCUGUUUAUGCUAGUAAUAUGUACUUUAUCAAAAAUGUUUUUUCAUUGCAUAGAAAACCUUUUAUACAAGUGUGCAUUAGCGGAUAAUUAAAUCUGGAUUUAUACAACAACUAAUACAAACUAACCUCUCUAAGCGCUUUAAAUUCAUUCACACACAUGAUGUGCACACCAUUUCCACUCCCCCACCAGAUUGACACUGUAAGGGCAUAGGGCAUUUACUAGGUGGAAAGCUACAUCUAAAUUCUCGUAAUGCAAACAUUUGAGCAUUUCUUACAUAGAUGGGAGAAAGAAUAAUUCCCUCUGGUAUUAUAUGGAGUGGGAUCUCAAGAUAUCUCCCUCUUUUUGCAGACAUUCAUUUUCCUUCAUCAUUUAUUUAUUUUUUAUUUUUUUUUUUGGGGGGGGGAGGAGAGAACAAGUAUGUAGAGAGUAAAAAGCAUUAUUUCUCACUCAAUGUGGGCAACUGUCCGUAAUUGGUAGAAUUCAGUGCAUAGCUUUUUUGUAAUGGUUGUUAAUUAUUAAGCUUCACAUUUGUUCAGGGUAAUGAACAACUAUUUCAACUUCCUUUCUUGUGGUUAGUUUGGUCACAUUGUUUAUUUUCUGCUCAAGCAACUGCAUUAAAAAAAUAAUUGUGUUACAUUUGUGUUAAAAACAUGUGCAGCUCAGUGUGCCAUUGUAUAAACUUGUACAAUUUCAACACUGAUUUUGUGUUGUAUUGCAUGAUUAAUGUGAUUAUGAAAUAACAAAGGAAGUGAGUAUGUACAAAAUAUGUAUAUUUAUUCACAUUUGGUUUAAGUCAUGCAGUAAAAUAUUGUGAAUAAUAAGUGAAAAGUAACAAAUUGUCAAUUAGCCUAUACAAGUAUAUACCUCAAAAUGAGCCUUUUGCUAAGCUGUUUAGUUGUAAUAUUUAACAGCUUUGAAUUGAUUUAUAGUCAUAAAAAAAUCCCCAAGUGGAAAUUGUUUGAUUUCCAAAUGACAGCAACUACUAUAUUAAUGAGUUUAAUUAACCCUCAUAGUUCUCUUUUGAUUAAUUCAUUUGAAACGGUGUAUCUAUCCUAAUAUUAUAAUUUUAUUAUCUCUUAAAUAUAUUUAAUUAUAUGAUUUAAACGUCACAUGGUGCAGGUUUCAUUCGCUUAUAUUUCAUGUUUAAUGUUAUGAAUGAUUUGAAGAGAUGAAAAUGAUUUUAAGCAAUAUUUUAAGGGAUGUCUCUUUGAGUGUCUUUGAUGUUGUUAGCUCAUAAAGGUAGUAGCACUGAUUAACAUUUGAUAACUUUGUCAAAUUCCAAAUUCUAGAAAUAAUAAGCUAUCAAGCUUCAAGGGAGCAUGUUAAGAUCAACCGAUGUCGUAAAAAGUUAGAAGUGCCAAAGAUCAUGUAUUUAAGGUGCAUUCACAAAUCUUUAUGAUGUUGACAAAUAUUUUCUGAACCCACCCUUAGUCAGGCUCAUAUCGUUAAUAACAAAAUCAUAAUUAACUUCAGAUUGUAAAUCAAAUCAAUGUUACUACCUUAUACAUUUUACAUGGAUGGAAUGUAACAUUAGUAUAUUUAUUUUUACUUUGGAUCAAGCAGUAGCAACUAAUAUUGGUGUGGAGAUUUUAAAUUACUAUUUUUGUUUAGAAAAAAAGUACUAGAUUCCCAUAGAGGGAAAAAUUAAAACAAAGUAUAAGAUAUGUGUUUAUGAUUUUGUAAUGUUUUUAAUUGUUUGUGUAGACCUAUUACCAUUUUGGCAACAAUUAAAAAUGCAUGUAAAAUGUCAUCUUGUUAGUGGAGAGGUAAUGUUACACAUAAAACAGAGCAAUGUUCAUAUAACAGGAGAUGGAAAAACAAAAUUGUCAUUUUAUAAUUGAAAUUAACACUGGUAUGUGUAUGAUUAAAGUGAGUAUUCAUUUUGUAUUUGUGAUUUUGCAUAAUGAUGAUGUAGUUUAAGUUGCAUUAGUAAAAGUAAAGUCUUAUUUAUGAAUAACAUGAAUUUAUCUUGACAUUUGUUUACAUGUAUCAUUGUGUUAUGUAAUUCACUAUCAGAGAAGUUGAUAAUUUGGACAGCCUCUUGAGGAAUAAAUUGUUGAAAUGAUUAGAAUGAA